AUGAAAACAAAGCGCCUGAUAGCCUUGAUUAUUGCCGUCUUCAAUGUUCAUCUCCAUCGUCAGACAACAAGUGAAGAAAUAAGGCUGGGAGCUCUGAUAGCAUGGAAUGGAACUUGGCCAGUGGGACCGAGAAUGGCGUCAGCAUUGCUUGUUGCCUUUGAUACGAUAAGGAACGAUCAGAAUCUGCUACCAAAAUAUAACUUUACAUAUUACUGGCAAGAUAGUGCCUGUGAUACCGGUGCCACGCUGAGAUCCAUGGUCGAUUUAAAAGCGAAGAAGCCACCAAUUCAUGCCUUCAUCGGGCCAGGCUGUUCUGUAGGAUGUAUACCGGGGGGUUAUUUAGCAGCGCACUGGGAAAAGCCUAUGAUAUCGUUCGCUUGCGGUGAAUCUACGCUUUCGGAUAAAAAGAAAUAUCCAACAUUUGUUCGAACAGUUGGAACUUACGCACAAACCGGAAAGUUUUUUCUGAAGAUCAUGCAGAAAUAUAGCUGGAGUCGUGUUGCGAUUGUAGCGUCCACCGAAAGUUUAUGGUCACAAGUUGCUAUGUUUGUGAGAGAUGAAAUUGAUGGUAGCACAAGCGGAAAAUUCAGUGUUGCUUAUUUUCACGUAUUUAGCCCUGGUAUUACAACUGACUUGCAAUUCAAGACCAUGUUGCGUUCUGCAAGAGAAAAAGCACAUGGUGAGUAGAUAAUAUAGCCUAGACGUAUUUACCACACGAAAUUCCACAAAACAGACAAACAAAGAGUAAAUUCAAUCCAUGAGUAGUUUAACACCUUCAAGACGGGGAAUUAAUUCAAACAAUAUCAUUGGUUGUUGGAAGUUAUGUCAACUAUACCAAUGCAUGUUUCGUUUCGUCAUUUUUGUUUUAGAGCAGCCGCUAUCUUUAGGGAUAUGAAACCUCCAGAUACGAAAAAUUGUCCUUUUUGCCAUAAGUGAGAAAUUUAAAAUGCUUUGUUAUUGCGAACAGAAUACACAACUUAGAAAUAUUUUACUGAAAAAUUCCUUUUGAUCUUUUUCAUAGUAUGUCGUAGUGCUGAUCGAGAACGUUACAAUUUCGUAAGAAUAAUUCAUUAAAGUUCAAGAGAACUUUUCUUCAAAGAUACAAUUAUCUUUUCGAAUAGUCAAUUCGCCAUUAUUAUUUUAGAUCUUUUAAACAAUUGAUUUAUUCCAACGAUACGCGUCAGAGAUCAUUCCUCAAUAUUGCAAAAUUUUUCCCGCCUUUACUCACGUUAACAAAAUCAUUCCGCUCCAAUCAUUUCCGCAGUUUGAUGACAGGCAUUAUUUUCUACCGAAUUUAUUCUCUUAGAUUGUUAAUAUAAGGGUAAAAUUCAGUACCUUGCUAUAUCAGCAGAUGGUGAGCAAAUUCUCUCUAAGGUUGUACUUAAGUGUUUUAUUGAAAUGUAAAUAGAGUGCGUCAUACCACUCAGCUUAAAACCCCAAAUUGCGUCGGAAAAACGAAAUUACGAUCGAAACUGUUUUCAAUUACAGACCAACUGUUCAUAAUAGAUUUAAAAAGCGGAUCUCUAGAAUACGUUUUUCAAACUUGAUUAAUGCAGGUAAAUUACAGGAGAUGAAGUAUUAAACGAACUGAAGUCUGUAGCUGCUGGGUUAAACCAAUUGAUUGUUUAUUUAUUCUCUCUUUCUGGUGAGUUUGUGCGAUCUGCAUAAUAAGCCACUCAAUAACAAAAGAACAAUAAGGGUGCAUAUUACGAAAACAAUGACAUUCUUUAGGGAUUCACAUGUUAAAACAUCAUUAAUAGAAGAUUAAGAAUAGAAAUAAAACAGUAUUGGUUCACAGAUAUCGAUUGGCUUCUAGGAGUGUUAACAACUAAUGAUAUCAUAAGAGAACAUCUUUAUUGUAUUGACGGAGAACUCGCCUAUUUACCAAGUCGGUACUAUUGAAAAACUUUGACGACAAUCGAACAAGAGGUGGGUAGGUGAUUAUGAUAGGUAAAUACAUCUAUGAAAAGAUUCCUUGAACCAUGAAAUCAUUAGAGUUAAAGACAUUUUUGAGGUGAGACAUUAUGUAGCAUAUGAAUAUUAGCAUCCGCUGUAAUUAAAUGAAACAAAAUUGGGUGAAGUAAUAUUGAGGAAACAUGACGUCAAGUCGUUGGUUUAAUAACAUGGUAUGCGUCUAACGGUGUCUUGUUGGUCUUAUUGUCCAGAAAUAAUAUAUUGAUCCGAGUCAUUUCAUUGUGCCGUAAGCUGUUGCUCAUGCAGUAUAAAAAAAUUGUAAAGAAUUUUUACAAUGUCAUUUAUAAGGAGGACAAUGUAGGAAACAAACAGGAUAUGGGAAAAUUGGAUGACAAUUGGAAUGAAGACAGUCUCUGGCCACACUACUAAGGACUCAAAGAAUCCUUUAGCAGUGUGACUGAUUUACACAUAAAUAUUUUUUUUCAUUCUCUAUCGACCAAAAUGCUUCAAGAUAUCCUUUUUCAUUCAAACUUACAGUUCGACUCUCCUCGAAAGAGUGAAGAUUUUAAGGUAAAACUCACAAAAUAAUUUACCGACAGAAAUAUCUCUUCAACUCAGAGGUUUAUAAAAAACAAGCUAAAUAUAUAAUAAAUAUUUUUUGUUUUAAUUUGAGGAAAUUGCAACCCGCUCGAGCUGUCCAAAUAAAAACAAAAACACCAGGAAUAGUAGAGAAAUUGAUAUCAGUGAUUAUGAAAAUCGUCAUGUGACACCAUUUUCGAGAGUUUAAAUCUAAGUCAUUGAAAUUAUAGCUGCAAAAUUAAAAACAAAAAUUAAACGCCUGGAAACAAAACUUAUUCUAUAUCUUAAAUAAAUAGCCGAUUUUAAUAGAAAUGCCACUAAAAUUUAAAUAAGAAACAUUUUGUUGAAUAGAAACGUUUUUAUUUAAGACAAAAAUUGCAUUAGAUUUACAGUUCCCCCUCUUUUUACGGUAUUCUUCAAAACCAGAGCCGCAGCAGAGAAUAAUUUCCCUUCUGAAACCUCACUCUAAGCAAAAAAUUUUGAUAUAUGUUUCCAUUCUGUUUCUUUGCACGUUUUGUAUCAUUUUCGUCUUCGUCAGUUAGUUUUUGUGGUAGUUAUUUUACAUUUCAAAGCUCUUACUCAAGCUAUUCUUUUCAUUUCUUAGUGUUUAUCCUUGUUGGUUACGGAAGCUCCAUCCGGCAGAUCAUGUUAAAUCUAUACGACUUAGAAAUGAUUUCAAAAACAUACGCCUACUUCACCUUUGAAAUCACACCUGAAAAUUGCAAGGGGAACGACGGAAGAGACCAAGAAGCUUGUAAAGCAUUCGAAGGCCUAAUGGACAUCGCCAACUAUGUUCCAACAAAUGAGGAAUAUAAGGGGUUUGAGAAAAAAGUUAAACAGAAAAUGCCUGAGUUCGCUGGCCUAGGAUAUCACAUGUCACAGAAUGAUGAGGUAGGAGCCAAGGAUCAAUAUGUAAAUUGGGUCCGAAUUUAAUUUAAUCGUGGAUAGAAAAAUAUUUGUUUUGCCCUUCUGAACGCGUUUUCUCAAUGGGGUUAGAAAGGCAACGACAACACUGUUCUCACCUAGAAGUUCAAGAAACAUAUGUACUACGUAUAAUCAAACUGUCUUAUUAUUUUCUUUAGACGGGCAUUUUAAAAGUUAGCUUUGACAUUUAAGGGAUCCAACAAGAGCUGUUGAGCCUUUCUAUUGCCCGUAACUUCUUGGUAUUUUCAAGUCACUUCCUUACGAAGGUAUGGAAGCUGAUCCAUCAAAUUGGAACUCAGUGGAACUUUGUCCCUUAAUAAUCAGUUUUCAAAAGUCUGCAUAAGUCUGUUAGAAUGCUUUCCAAUCCUAAACUACACAAUACAUAUAUGUGCGACGGUUGAUUAGCCACUAUGAUACUCGGAAAGACAAAAGACCAGAAUUUUACGUCAAAGCUUCAGAAAAGCUUUAACUAUGUACCUUACACUCUUGAACUCGCGUAAGUAGGGACUAAAUAGGUUUCAGAAACAUGAAUUUUCAUUUCAAAGAAUAGAUAACAGAGAUGAGCCAAUGUUUAACACUCCAAAAGACUGCGUCCUGUGCUGCAUGUUUUUGAAUAUUUCUUGUUCUUCAGGUGGAUAUAUACGCGGGUUUUCUUCAUGACGCAGUGGUAUUGUAUGCCCACGCAGCUCAUGACCUUUUACGCGCUGGAGGAAACCUUUCAGAUGGGGAAGCACUGAUCAAGCACAUGACAAACAGAAGUUUUCAGGGUAUAUAAAUAUGAUGCGAUUUAACCUUUAUUUCAUGAUUGAUUGUGUUCGUUCUUAUAUGUAUGUCUGGUUUUUGUCAUCCUCUAUUUACGGUCUGAAUUUGUCUGUGCGUAUGCUCUUCUUCUAUUGCCGCUCAGUCUCCGUUGUGUCGAUCCUCAGCUACCAUCCAUUAAAUAGAUUUUUAUCGCGCCAGAUUAGUCUGAGUUAGCAAUUAACUGUCUCAGUCAUGUAUUUCAUCUCACUGUGCAAAAUGUCAACUGGAGCCACUCCCAUCAAUUGAAACAUGUAAACAUGAGUCCAUGACAUCGAAACGCAUUGCAUUACCUUUGUUCGGAAUCUGUUGUCUUUCUUCUAAGCUAUCAUGACUUCAUGGCCAGCAGAUUUUAGAGUUAUGCAGUGAGUCCGUAAAAAAGGAUAAACUGAGCCCUGAAAACGAAUCGAUAAGCCAGGAGAGGAGGAAGAUCAAACAGCUCCCCUUCUUGUUCUCGCAACUCCGCUAUCUUCAAUUUCAGUGGUUCUGCAGCAUUUCGCUGAAAGCGCCAAACGGGCUCUCUGUUCGAUUUGCACGAUCGAUUUUGCUUUAGUUCAAGUCGUUUAUCAAUCUGCAAAUACGCUUAAAACGCUCGAAUUGAUCAAGCAUGAUGUUUCAUCUUUGGCAGGUGUUUCUGGGCAGGUUUUUGUAGAUGAAAAUGGCGACAGAACGAUCACCCUCCAAAUGAGGAACUUUCACAAUGGCGAGAUGGUUCGUGUUGCGAACUACUUUCGGCACUUGGAGGAACUCGAGUUCACGGACACAACGACUGUUUGGCCGGGAGGGUAUGUAACUGCCCCAUCGGGAAGACCUGAGUGUGGGUUUAACGGAGAAUUAUGUUCGUCUCCAGGUAUGAUGAUGCCGAUUUUCCCGGUGUAAAGCAACGUACUACAGUAAUGUUUGUCAAUUCAUUUUAUAUAAUAAGCUAAGUUAUGCACGCAUUCUGAUUGGUUCUCACUUAUGAUCUAUUGGAGGACAGACGUAUAGAUGACGUCAUCAUUAAAACUUUUUUAAUUCUUUAUUAUUUAAAACAAAUAGAUUCCAAGUUGCCGUGCGUCUGUUCAGUAAUAGAUCACAGAGGACGUCAAACUGUGGUAAGUGGUAGGUAAGUAGUGAUCUAUUACUGAGCAGACGCACGGCAACUUGGAAUCUAUUUGUUUAUUAGACAUUUUCCGAAAAUGAACAUGAUAUAAAUUGACAACCUUCAUAACAAACGAGGUGACGUCUGUCAGUUCGAGUUAUAACCGCCAAAAUCUUUCGACCAUUUUGUAUCCUGAUAAUUCUAUUUUAAUAAAAGAUAUUUAAGGGUUAAUAAUUCCAUUUUUAGUACUUCCUUAAGGUUGCUGUCGACAAAAUAUGGACCAAAUUCGUCCUAUACACGUUACUUUUCAAGAAUCCAUAGAACAAUGUAUAUCACUGUAGAGCUUUUAAAGUAUAGAUUAUGAAAAUAAAAAUUGUUCACAGAUUUCGUUUUGGCAGGCGCCCGCGAGCCUUUAAACACAAAACUGACGGUGUUACUGGAUUACCGGCCUACCAAAGUAUGUGAGGCUUUUUCGAAGUUGAAGUUGGGCAAUAGAUGACAUUUCGGUUGUUGCCACGUUCCAGGACGUUACGGAAAAUAUAUUUCGAAUUCCGUUAAAGCGUCAAAGAAUUUUGUGUGUUAAUAUCUGAAGAACAUUCAGCCAGUUUUCAUGAAAAUUCAACAAAUCGACAUACCCCAUUAAUUCGUUUAAGUAGAGGUAACUCGAGUAAUUACAGGCCUCGAGCUUUAGCCUCCAAAGAAACUCACUGUUUUCGCACCUGUAAAUGCGGCAGCCGACCAACAAAAAGCAAAAUUGAGCCCCCAGGUAAGUCUCGUGACAAGGAGCUCCUUUGAAAUUGGCGGGAAAGGUCAUUUUGCGAAACAAGGAACACGGAUCGAACGCAAUCCAAAAUUAAUCGGGAAAAGCAUAAGGAAAAGUGGGCAAAGAAAGCUAGAGAAUAAGAAAUUCCCUUUUGUUCUGCGGGGCAAGACCCCUGUAUAAACAAAAUAUGCAAAUCACUAUCCCGGACGAAAGCCCGCGGCAAACGUCAACAAUCUACUGAAGGCCUUUCCGAUCAUAACAGCUUUCGCUCUUCGUUACAGGUUCCCUUAAAACAUUCUUUCGGCCGUAUCUCGCGUUCGUUGUAAGAUUUUACUUUUUUUUCAGGCAAAAUUAACUGAACUACUUUCUCUAACUAAUGAGCAAACUACAAACAGAUUUUGAAAAAUUCGACAGUAACGUCAAGGUAGUCGUUUUGUCCUAAAAGUUGCCUCAGUUCGCCUUAAUCAACUAGGUUAUUAAUAAUUAGCUGUCACAACGUAGCACAAUGUAAGCUAAUCAGCCCCAAAUGGUCAAAUAGAUUAACAGCAGCUAUACUCUAGGAUUGUCGUUUGAAAAAUUUGGAGUGCAGCAAAUAUCAGUUCGUAGUUGUGAUCGCUGAGGAGGUUUUGUCGAAGCCAUUUCUUUCCUAACUGGAAAAAAACUACUUCACUUAUCGGCUCUACAUGUGUUUGUUUUAAUCGGAAGACAGCGCUUCCGGUUUUUAAUUCCACUCGUUUUGAUUAGUUACCCGUUCAUUUCCGGAAAUGUAGUGAUACGCAACUAAUCAGGCGGUGUUUUGCUUUUCAACAGCCUCUUCGGGCAGGUGCCUUCUUGCCCUUCCCCCGACCCCUACCCCCAUCAUCUACUCUAACUUCAUAUCAAGUAUGUCUAGUCGGAUAAACGAUCGCUCGAGAUCGCAAGCUCAUAACAUUAUCUUGCCCUAAUAAUACGCCUGCAUUGCAGGCUACCCCUCGGCCACAAAUGUUCCUUAAAUAUCGGUAAAACGUUUGACAAAAACGUAUUUCAAAUUAGAUCAGUUGAACUGCAAAUUAAAACUCAUAACUUUCUCGUUACUAGCCAAGGCUUAAUGGUUGUGUUCACUUCGCUCGCUCUAAGCGAUAAAAUCUCUACGUUUAUCUUUAACUGUAAGUAGAAAGAAAACGGAUCUUUGAGCAUUUUCUGUUGUGAAACUCUGAGUGCGGCGAAAAUUUUACACAUGUGUAAAUUAAGUCCGUCCGCAACCUUUUACGUUAUUUCUAAUCAAUAAGCAUCUUGUCGUUUCAUUUGUUAGUUAUUUGGAUGAUCGCUGUUUAUGCAAUCUCAGGCUUCGUGGCUGUUAUGAUUUGUAUGGUGGCUUUCCUGCUUUAUUACAAGUAAGCAGUAUAUUACAAUAUAAUUGAAUGAUCCGUAAAUUAACCGGUAAAUUGCUAAGGUCCUCGUAAAGAAAGAGAGCUCAAUUUUAUUUUUUCCUUUCACAAGCAAGCACAAGAGGCUCGACUUUAGUUACUAGAAGCCUAAAUGUUUCUCUUCAUCAAAGCUACAAAUUUGAAAACGUGCAGCGGAGAAAAGAGUAAGAUCGUGGGAUCCUAACCACCAAUCAAUCAGCUGACUACUGUUCUCCAAAAUACAUGGUUGACAGAAGUGAUUGGUUAGGAAAGCCGGGAGCCUUAAGAAUCUGCGCCUCCCUUAGACGUUUUUCUUGUACACUGUGACUUACUAUAUUUAUGGAAAAUUUCCAUUGGUUUGCUAAACCAAAAUGAUUGACAUUCUAUUUAACGUUGCAUACAAUCAAGUUGUAAAUACUUUUUUUUUACUCAUAAAAAAUCGUUCGUGUUUAAGGGCCCGUGACUUCUGCUAUUGAAUUGAUACAAUACUACCAUGCACUAUUUACCAUGUCAAUGUACCUCUUCCGACAGUCGAGUGUCUAGCUUUAUCAUGGUACUAACCUUAAAAAUAUUUGUAGGAGGAAGACAUUUGAGUCGUCACUUCAGAGCCAACGUUGGAAAAUUUCUGCGGCAGAUGUAAACUUUACAAGAAAAGCUCUGGAUGGAAGAAGCAUGGUGAGAAACAACCCAAAACAUACUUUUAUCAAACCAACAUCUAAGGUUACCGCCUACUAUUUUAAUAAAGCAUCUAUUUCCUCGUAUAUGAUAUCAUGAUCUACCUUUCCAAGACUGAUGAAGAAUACAGGGUCAAGAUUGCGCUUGGAAUUAUACGUUUUGUGUACUGUCCUUCACUGAUUGUCUAUGAUAAACGUCAGUUUCCUAACGAAAAGUGCGCCCAAAAAUAAUUCGCUCAAAGGAAAAGGCGUAAGAUUCUCUUAUGUAACCACCCGCGAUCAGGCAUUUCUUGAGCGUGCGUUAACCUGGGCUUUACUAAAGUUAGAAAAGAACAUGUGGAAAGGCUAAGAUAAAUAACGUAUCACUAUUAUAAAUGUUGUAAUGUCUUUGGCAGAUUUCAACAUCUAGCUUUGGCUCUGGUGACAGCAGUAUGAAUUCGAGAACUUUAGAGGAGGAUGAAAUAAGAGGACAAGUAUUUACCAACGUGGCAAUUUUUAAGGUUUGUUAUCUAGGUCUCGAGGAUUAUAUAUGUCAUCAAUUGAAAAGGUGAGCGGGUAGUAUGAUGAGAUGAGAGCUAUUUGUCUCUACUCGAAUAAAAUGAUUGUUUUCCAAAAAUAAAAGUAACUUCAUGGUUACACCAUAAUCAUAUUACAAACGCACUCGUUUAAAUACAACGGCCAGCAGGUAGGCAUGUGUCCACCAAUGAAACCUUUAGAAUUUCUGUUUCUUUCUAUGGUUCGCCUGGGGUAUAUCAUCAGUUUCACAAGAAGCGUGAAUUUCACUAGAUAUUGUCAGGUGAGAUAGUAAGUGAUUUUUGUCCAUUUUAAUUCUGUAGUCUACAGUGGUAGCAGUUAAAAAGCUAAGAAAGACGCACAUUACCUUGUCAAGGACAAUACUCAUGGAAUUAAAAGAGGUAAUCUGCCAUAUAACACGAAUAUCUAAAGUACAGAACGGAGUUCCCUUAAGCAGCCACCAAAAACACCACACCGGCUGUCUUCGUAGACUGAAACAACGGACGAAAUUUUGGGUUAAUUGCAUGUUGUGACUCAGUAGAAGCAUUAAAAGCUUCUACUCAGUGUGGAAGGCCCUCAACAAAGUAGAGAGAUCAGCAAAAUCUAGAUAGUUUCGAAAACCAUUUUUGCACGCUAAAGUGGUCGCCAUCAAGAGAAAAGUACACUGUGAACCUAAAAAAUACCAAUUCACUUAUGUGGAAUGACAACUAUAGUAUACUACUUAAUUCCAUUUCGCAAUAUCGAAGAGAGGCUCCCUUCAAAUGACCAUUUCAUAGUCAUUUUUAACGUAAAAUCUCUUCCUCUGCAAUAUCAUUUGCCAUAGAUCUCUAAGAAAAAUCUAAUUUUCUCGACAAAAGAAAAAGAUUAGUUCAAAUCAAGCUAAAUUUUGAUCAAUCAUUCCUCUUCACGGUAGUGUAUAUCUUAUAUAGGUGUACGAGCUUCAACAUCCAAAUAUCAAUCGAUUUAUUGGAGCGUGUGUGCAUUCGCCAAAUAUAUGGAUUUUAACACAGUACUGUAACAAGGGAAGUCUGCAGGUAAAUUGUAAAAGUGUGAAACAAAGGCAUGAUUAAAGGGUCCCUUGUCUACCCACGUUUUGUGGUAAGGAUAAUCAUAAAGGCUAACCAUUAGAAAAGAGAUAGCUAUCCAUCUACUUGGGUGUCGAUUGGUUGCUUGUUCUUUAUUUUUUGUUCGGGAAUUGCAUCCUAAAAGCUUCCCUAAUCUGACUGACAAUAAUAUACUUAAACCACUGAUACAAAAUCCAGAAUUGGCAUGGACCAAAGAUGCAGUUAAAUGAGGGAUUUUGUUGCAAUAACAUAGACAAGUAGCAUAACCACGUUUCUCGAUUAAAGUGCUUGGCCUUUCGCUUAUCACAGGUUAAAUCUUGUAGCGCACUGGUAGUGCAAGGAUCAGAGUCCGCAAAGGUGCCAGGCAGAAAAACAUUCCAUGCAAUCUCUCCACCAUAUUAGCCCGAUCUCGUAAGCUACUCUCAGAUCGGCCAGACAGACCCUUAUUUGCUACAAAUAUAGCAUUUCAUGCACCUAUUUCUCUUUCAGGAUGUUUUGAAUAAUGAGAGGAUGAAGCUUGACUGGAUGUUUAAAAUGUCCUUUGCAUCCGAUAUUGCAAGAGUAAGAGCAGGCAAAAUAUUUUUGCUUUUAAUCUAGCAAAAAAAAACAAAACAAAACAAGUACAAGAGAAAUAAUAAGACGCUGAAAAAUCUGCCUCUUGUAUAGAUUUUUUUUUUCCGGAAUGAAGGCAUAAGUUCUUUUGGUAUACUUAUUUGUGAUGUAGAAAUUGAAAAAUAAAAUUCUUAACAAAGCAACACUGCGGGUUGUAAACCCAUAGAAAAUUGUAGGGAAUCAAGAAACAAAUCUUUUUCUUGGUAAUGAUAGCUCCUGGGACUACUCCUUCUUCCUUUAAUUCAUAUGGAAGCCAAAAAAGGAUAUAUUCUCUUACAACUCAUGUCUACAGGAUUGAGAUUCAAAGGUGCUGCUUUUAUGGCCUUCGUUUUUGAUUCUGUUAAUGAGACAGCCAUCUUUAUGUUGGUCACUUAUGUACAAUAAAAUUUUGGACAAGUGCAAUGUCUCUCUCAUUACCAACAGGGGAUGUUUUUCUUACACAAAAGCUCAAUCCUUUACCAUGGUGACUUGCGAUCUUCAAACUGUGUCGUAGACAGCCGUUGGGUUUGUAAAAUAACCGAUGUCGGACUAGAACAUUUUAAAUCAGGACAGAAGGUUGACUCGUAUCUUGGCCUUGAUGCGGAAUAUAACAGUGAGUAGUCCAAAAUACCAACGAAAUAAACGACUAGAAAGCAGAAAAGAAAAGGAAAGCCUUAAUCUUGAAGUUUUCAAUAGAGUUGGAGAUAGAAACCUCGUUAAAUCAGGCGUACAGACGAAUUUGGAUCCACGACAAGAGCCGCGACACCUGCACGAUGCUUCACGGUUUUAGAUGAGCGGUGAAGUCUCAUUUUGGAGCCAGCUAAAAUUGGGUUUAUAAGUUAAGCGAAAGAAAGGAUGACAGUCUAAAAGUCCUGGGGACAGCUCUUUUAUUUUGCAACCAUAAUAAUGAAUGGAGCUUGUUUUAUACUCUUACCAUAAAUUUGACUUUUCAGCAAGGUAAGAAUAAUGUAGAAUCGAAUGGUGUGAAAGCGUCAUCCUAGCUAGGCUCUCUCGUGCGAGUAAAUUGUUCAAAACAAGAAAAAGGUACAAUCACAUAACAAUUCAUAUUCACCUUCUUUUUUAAACGCUUCAGAUCUUUUGUGGCGAGCACCGGAACACCUCGAUGGCAGGAAUAAUUUGUCUAAGUCACAAAGGGGAGACGUCUAUAGCUACGGCAUUAUUCUGCAGGAGAUUCUUCUUAGAAGUCUGCCGUAUGCCAUGAAUGACUUCAUGGAAGCAAAAAGUAAGCUUCUGAUGUUCUGCUUUGACCUCUAAAUACUUAAUUUAGACAUUGUAGGGUAGUUCAGUUCGCCGAGGAUGCGAAAUAAAUAACCAAAAAAUCAGUCCUAGUGAGUUUUCAGCGAAGAGGUACUAGUACAGAUGCUCAAGGAGGAAACUUGAUGGAGAUCUAUCGCAUUUUUCCACAGAAGGUGUAACCUUUUGUUUUCAACUUGGAGUGAAAGCUGUGGCCGCCCAGCCUACAGGACCCCCACAACAUUUAUGACCCUAAGUGUAAAAGGAUGAUCCACUAUAAAUGCAGAAUAUACUUCAGUGAAGCAGAAAAUAAUUUGUAAGGGUUUCCCUCUCCAGUAGGGAAAGUUUUCUUCAUUAUCAAUUGUUUUUAUAAUUUUCAAUUGCUGUCAUUCUAACAGCAAUUGUCAGCAUGGUACAGAAAAGAGAGAACCCUCCUUUCCGUCCAGUCAUUCCAAGCAGCUUUGGAAAUGGACUGUACGUGAGAAUGAUGCGAUCCUGUUGGAGUGAUGAGCCAACCUUACGACCAAGGUUCAGUGAUGUUCUUCAAACGAUAAAGAAAAUUAACAAUGGAAAGUAAGUUCUAUCUCGCAGCUAACGAAUAACGACCAAAAUAUCAUAAUUCCGUUUGAGACCAUGCCUUUAGCAUUUAUAACUGUGAAUAGCUUAUUUUGUCCUUGAGCACUUCAUUAUGGGACGUAUUUUGACAAUAUCGCUUAGCCUUGAUAAUCCAACACAACUGUUCUCGGCUUUGCGAAGAUUGAAUAACGCUUUCAACUGGAUAAAUCUCUAUCCAGUGAUGAACUCAGCACGUUUUGAUGAAAGCUAUCCGCUGGAUAGGAAUUUAUCCAUUGGAUAGCGUUAUCCGACCUUUGAAAAACUGGUCCCUGUCCUGAGUUGACUUGUAAAAGUGUUUUAAUGGUCGAUUAUUAUUCCCUUAGAUGUUACCACCAUGAAAUUGGGAAAAAAGCACACGAACCAAAACGUUCUGUCCUUCUUGUGAUGUUCUUUAUAAGCCCUGAUAAUGUGAUCAUAUUUGUUGCACCGAGGAUGAAGUACGAAAGACUAGUAUUAGCUCGCAGAAGCUGAAAUUAUUUGAUUUCUACUUUUCGGUUCCUUUGACGUAUGAAUUGACAGAAACUGAAACUUUAUUUCGAGUCUUUUUUUUUUUUUUUUUUUUUUUCAUUUUUCUGAUCCUUCCAUUGAUUUUAUUUGAAAGGGACAUCAACAUUAUGGACAACAUGAUAUCACUGAUGGAAAAAUACACAGACCAUCUGGAAGAGGUCGUAAGAGAGAGAACAGAACAACUGGAGGAAGAGAAACAAAAGACAGACGCCCUGUUAUACAGGAUGCUUCCAAAGUAAUAACAGAGGAUCCAGAGCUAUCGUAAAGUUUCAUGAUGCUAUCCGAACAGGGUUUUUCAAUUUCUCUAUCUCGUUGCUAAUUGUAGAGAAAAAGGAGGGGGAAUGAAAGAUUGAUAUUCACAUUUGAUGAGAGACGUACACAAUGCAAUGACUUUAAUUAUACGGCUUUGCUGCCUUUUUUAAUAGGACGGUGGCAGAGCAGUUAAAACGUGGUGAAGCUGUUGCAGCAGAAUCGUUUGACCAGGUUACAAUCUUCUUUAGUGACAUAGUGGGUUUCACUACUUUAGCUGCCCAGAGCAAGCCGCUGGAGGUGAGAGAAUGUUUUCUUUUUUGUCUGUCAAUCUGCUCAAAUAAAAGAAUUGUGUAGCAAGACGACGAAACGUCUUUUAACAAGUCGAUUUGGUUACAGGAAGUUUUUCUAUGAAAACGAAACUGAUGGUGCUCACUCUUUAUGAAAGACAGCUGAUUUUUUCAACCUGACAACUUGCUACAUUCAUUCUGAACUAAUUGAUAAACAGAAACUUUCCAUCGAUCAUUUAUUAAGUCAAAAUGCAAGAAAACAAAAACAAAAGAUUAUUCUUUGUGAGGAAGCUACUAUCUUAAGCUGUAGCGGGCUUUUUAUUAUCUUUAAUUUUUUUACGGCUUGUUCAAACCACAUCCCCCCUGAUGACACAGAUUGUGACGACAAUUAUCUAUCAAGUAUUGAAGCAGACAGUCUUCGAAUAUACAAAAGCGUUUCACGUUCUUUAGGGAUUGAUCGGAAGUUUACAUUCAUUUAAAACAUAUUUUCUUAUUCCGGCCACGUGUUUGAACUAACAUUUUUUUCACAGAUUGUUAACCUGUUGAAUGAUCUUUACACGUGCUUUGACAGUAUUAUUGAUUGUCAUGAUGUUUAUAAGGUAAGAAAAUUACCCCUACUAAAAAAGAAAUGAUUUCUUUCAUGACGAUGCAGUAACCUUUUCCGUUGUAGUUGUUGAUUGUCUUUCUGAAGGUUUUGCCUAGGUUGUCAUUGAUGUUGUGUUAGUUUUUGUUAAAUUUUUGUGGUUUUUCUUCUUGAGGUGUUCGGUGCUAUUCUCAUCGCUGACAGGAGUAACAGCCUUAGGUGGUGUCGAUCUGUCCGUUUCCUACCAUUUUUCCUUUGUGUACGAUCUUUUAAAAUUCUUCACUUUUGUUCAUCGAAGGUUGAGACAAUUGGAGAUUCUUACAUGGUUGUAUCUGGACUACCCAAGCCCAAUGGCAUUUGUCAUGCUGGAGAAAUCGCCAACAUGUCCCUUGAUCUUUUGAGUGACAUGUGUCACUUUAAAAUCAAACACCUUCCGGAGAAACAGCUCCAACUUCGAAUUGGAAUUCAUUCUGGUAAGAUAUCUCUGGGGUAAAUAUGUUUCCUCCAAACCUUUUUUCUUCCGCGUACAUGAUGAUAUUACUAUUAAAACUUUCUCAAUCUUAGCAAGAAAAAUAAUCUUUGUCAAGGAAUCUUCAAUUUUAUGUUUCCCUUUUAUGUAAGAGGGCCUAAUUUGUUGUCUGGCAUUCUUAUCACGAUUGCUAAAACAGCAAUGCCUCACCAAAUUAGUUUUUAUGACCCGUCUAACAAACGCCUACAAUAAAUAUUUUAGUGAUUUCAUCGCCUUCUCUUCAGGCUCAUGUGUUGCUGGUGUCGUUGGACUUAAGAUGCCACGUUACUGCCUGUUUGGUGAUACUGUCAACACAGCGUCCCGAAUGGAAUCUAGCGGGUUUGGUAAGUAUGAUAUAUGACAUCACACUACUGGCACAAACUACGAAAACCACGAACAGAGCAGUCAAAAUCAAUCUGACAGCAUUAUGCGACAGCCACUUUCACAUGGAGGGUUGGCCAAUAUACAAGUACACAUUUUUUGUCUUUUAAUUCCCGAAUCCAUUAAAAAACUAGAGGUCCAGUGGUAAUGUUUGAAAUGAAAAUCGUGUAACUAAAAAACUCCGGUGCUGAGAGUGGGGUAGUAUGGGGAAACGGAGAGAAAGAGUUCGCUUCUGUGACUCAAGUUUGCUUCCCAUUCUAGGUGUUACGUGGGUAAAUUCUCCUUGGUAAUUUUAUACUCAACAAAAGAAUUUUCUUGGCCGGUUUGUUCAAAGCUGGGUUAAGGUAACCCAGGGUUAAUGUGAAAUCUGAUGGGAAAGUUUUAAAAGAAAAUCCAGAAUAUUUUUUUACUUCUAAAACCCGAUGAUUGGAUUCUUAUUGGAUUAAACCCCGAGUUAGCGCUGGUCGGCCUUCGAACAACUGGGCCCUGAUUCACAGGUGCAAUCAGACAUAUUGAUUUCAUUUAAAUUUGAUGUGAAAAUUGUAUUUCAUUCGAGUAAGACUAAAAUAUACCAUUGUUUUCCAAUCUUUUAGCCCUCAGGAUUCAUGUCAGUUCUCAAUGCAAGUCCUUACUGGAUAAUAUCGGUGGUUAUCACCUUGAGGAAAGAGGCUGGACGUCGAUGAAGGUACUCUUUAUAACCAUUAGCGCCACUUUAAACGUCAGCUACUUCGGUAUCUUGCUUUGCAAAUUUUUACCACAUUGAAAAUCAAAUUAUAUAAGGUUAGGUUAACUGCAUGUACACUUCUUAACAGUCGAGAUGAAUUAUAUAUUGUUUGGAGUACCCUUCAUUAUAGUUUAAUACUUGACUAUAUACAUGCUUUUUUUUACAGGGAAAGGGAACAUUGCUGACGUUUUUCUUAAACGGACGUGAAGGCUUUCUGAAGUCUCUACCAGACCUUAGUAAAGCCGCUCCUAUGGAAGAACAUUCAUUUAAAUAAAAAACUGACAAUCCAAGAUAAUAUGCAAGAUGUACAAUUAAAAAUAACAGAAAGUAAAAGCGAAAAAAUGCCAGAUCCUGCUGCUCAACUCUAAAAUGCGAUGCGCUAAACUCUCCUGAUUAAAAUUGGACAUGAUCCAUGUUAAUUGUGACAUAGAACACCUGUCCCACAAUAUACAAUAGCACUUGUACUGAGUAGAGCUCACUGAUACAUGAUUGCAAACCAAAACUGCAUGACACCAAGUUUAAUUUCCACUUAAUUACAUCCAUUUUUCAAAAAUUGAUGUGAAUAAAUUCGUCCAUUUUUAGUAAAGAAAAUUCGACGUUCGGACGAAAAAUCAAGGAAAUUCUCCGCAAUUUAGCUUUUACGAUUUUAAUUUUCCUGCGAUUCGAUUGGCAUAGUACUGGAUCCACACUGGUAAGGAAAAAGAACCGAUUUAGAGAAAACUAAUUGGUGUUACACUGAGCUCCAAUCAGACUACUUAUAUCACUUUUAAUUUUGAAAUAGAUGAAAUAAUAGAAACGCUACUUUUCAUAUCGCUAUAACAGAACAUAACUUACUGCAAUUAAAGUAAGUCAUACCGUGCAACGUAAUUAGUUUUGUAAUUCAAACAGCUAUCAAAAUAUCUAUGUACUUCAUGAG